GCCGCCAACAUGGGGCUUAAGCUGUCCUGCCUGAAAGGCUUUAAAAUGUGUGUCAGCAGCAGCAGCAGCAGCCACGACGAGGCGCCGGUCCUGAGCGACAAGCACCUGGAUGUGCCCGACAUCAUCAUCACCCCCCCGACCCCCACGGGCGCCAUGCUGCCAAGGGACUCGAGGCACACAGUCUGGCUGGAUGAGACAGGGUCAUGCCAAGAUGAUGGAGAAAUCGAUCCCGAAGCCUGAGGAGGAGUCACAAAGUACGGGAUUGUCUGGCAGGCUCCUGCUGCAGGUGUCCCGGGGCAUGGCUGCCAGGGGCAGAUGCUGGAUGGGAAACAGCAAAUCCAGCCCUCGACCAGAAGAGCUGUGGCAGGACGAACAAUCAACCAGCCCUGCUCACCUCCAGAACAGUGUCUUCCAGGCCCUGGUGAGUGGACCAUACCUCCAAAGCCUCCACAUUCCUGCUGACCACCGCGUGGUGAAGGGAGGAAAGAGACCCUUCACCCUGGCCAUGGUGACGGCCAUUGGGGUGCCAGGGAGAGGCUCUCUGCAGGACAAACACACACUCCAGCACCCCAGGCCACACCGAUGUGUGCUCCCAAGGUCAACACAUACAAGAACUUCUUGCAAGAGGAGUGGCUCGGUUUUUUACAAGUUGUUUUACAGAUAUCAAAACAGUUCACAAAGCGAUUUAUAAUUUCUUUUUCUCAUUAUAGCACUGAGCUCUAACCCACUGAGCAAAGUAGACAGCCCCUUUUUUUUUGCAUUAUAAAUAAAGACCCUCUAUAACCAA